AUGAAUCCACCACUUACGGUAUAUAUGGGUGUUUGGAAUAUAUCCAAUCCGACAGAAUAUAUCCAAAGCAGUGCUGUUUCGAAAAUAACAGUGAACACAGAUUUCAAUUCUUCAUUAUUAAGAAACGAUAUUGCUGUUUUACGCCUGAUUCAACCUAUCGUCUUUGGAAUUUUUCCCAAUAUUAACACUAUAUGUCUUCCAGCGAAGGGUACAUCUUUUAUUAAUGCAAAUGGUUGCAGUGUAAGUGGUUGGGGACAAAUAAAUUUUACAACUAUCACUGGUGUUCCCACUGUACCUCAAAAGAAAGCUUACGUUAACAUAGUUAAUGAUACAAUUUGUAGAGCUUCAUUUCAGAAUAUACUGGGACGCCCUUCGACUGAUGCGUACUUGGAUCAAAAUGGAGAAAUAUGUGCGGGUGGUGUAAGCAUGAUAGAUGCUUGUACACAAGAUGGUGGUUCUCCUUUGGUGUGUCCCACAGCUUCCGGUGCACUUGGUCUUGCUGGAUUGGUUAUAUGGGGUAAAAACUGCGGCCAACCCGGAGUAUUUGGAGUAUACGUUAAUACUGUCUAUUAUACAGAUUUUAUUACCACAAAUACGAAAAUUUAAAAUAAUUGGACCACUACAAAAGUAUUAGAAAAACUGUUUAGUUGUAUUUGUUUUAAAUUUUUAAAUUUUAU